UGCUCGAGGGUGAGGGCGAGCCGCCUCCGCCCCUCCCGCCAGAGGCGCGUCGGUCCUCCUCUUGUCCUCCGUUUCCGGCGCGCGGCUCCGCAUCAGUCUCGCGGGGCUCUGAGCCGCCAGGACCGCGAGUCUCGUCUCGAACAUAUACACUGAAGAUUGGGACAAGAUAUUUGCCUAAUUUUUGUGGCAAAAUUAAAGACCUACCAUGACAAUGAAGAAAGAGACUGAAUUUGUCAUUUUCACCUAAAGAAAGAUGAUAGACAGAAAUCAAACCUGCGGUAUAGGACAGGAUUCUGUGCCCUAUAUGACUUGUCUGAUUCACAUCCUCGAAGGAUGGUUUGAUGUGGAGCAGUUGGAGGACUAUUUGAAUUUUGCAAACUAUCUCUUGUGGGUUUUUACACCACUAAUACUUUUAAUACUUCCUUACUUUACUAUCUUUCUUCUCUAUCUUACUAUUAUUUUCUUACACAUUUAUAAGAGGAAGAAUGUAUUAAAAGAAGCCUACUCUCAUAAUUUAUGGGACGGUGCAAGGAAGACGGUGGCGACUCUCUGGGAUGGACACGCAGCAGUUUGGCACGGUUAUGAAGUUCACGGGAUGGAAAAAAUACCAGAAGAAGGACCAGCACUUAUAAUUUUUUAUCAUGGAGCUAUUCCCAUAGAUUUUUACUACUUCAUGGCUAAAAUUUUUAUCCAUAAAGGCAGGACUUGCCGAGUAGUAGCCGAUCACUUCGUCUUUAAAAUCCCAGGGUUUAGUUUAUUACUUGAUGUAUUUUGUGCUCUACAUGGACCAAGAGAAAAAUGUGUUGAAAUUCUGAGGAGUGGUCACUUGUUAGCUAUUUCACCAGGUGGAGUUCGAGAAGCCCUAAUUAGUGAUGAAACCUACAACAUCAUUUGGGGUAAUCGUAAAGGCUUCGCUCAGGUUGCAAUUGAUGCAAAAGUGCCCAUUAUUCCUAUGUUUACACAAAAUAUUCGAGAAGGAUUUAGAUCACUUGGAGGAACAAGGUUAUUUAGAUGGCUUUAUGAAAAAUUCCGCUAUCCGUUUGCUCCGAUGUAUGGAGGUUUUCCUGUGAAAUUACGCACCUAUUUAGGUGAGCCUAUUCCUUAUGAUCCAAAGAUAACAGCAGAAGAAUUAGCUGAAAAGACAAAGAAUGCUGUUCAAGCUUUGAUUGAUAAGCACCAAAGAAUACCAGGAAACAUUAUGAGUGCUUUGUUAGAACGUUUUCAUAAAAAACAAAAGAUCAACUCGAAGACGAUUUAAUACGUUUAUAUUAGUAUGUUUGUGUCUCUAGUACUGUCUUCUAAAUUUUGUAGGUUCUAUAAUUAGUAUUUUUUAAAAAGGAUGUUAAUAAGCAUCUUUUGCUGAACUUGUUUGUUUAAAAUUGUAUCGAUUUUGCUUUUGCAAUCAAUUGUGUCAAAAUUAAGCAGUAACUCAUUACCUGCCUAAUAAUUCAGAGAAUGGUGUUUCUUUUUAUAAAUUCCUGAUAAUGUAUGAUAACUGUAUAGAUUUUAAAAACUAGGUUUAUUAAUAACAGCAAUUUAGGCUAAACACACAUUCCCAAAUAACGCGUCUAAUUUCUGUAUCUGUUGCAUUGGGCUAAUUUUGCAAGAUGGCGGAAUUCAGUAGGGACACUUUAAAUUGGAGAAGAAAUACUCCUUUAUCUGCCCUUCAUUUCUUUCCUGACCUUGGGCAAAUCACAUAAUGUUCUUGUGCCUCAGUAAUUCACUUUUUAAAAACAUAAUAAUGCUAUGUUGAGAGGUGUUGUUUUAAAUUCUUUAUAUUUGCUGUGACUGAGAACUGUAGAACUGAAAUUAUAAAUGAAUUAAACAAUACCAAGAAUUUUUAGAAGCUUAUGUAUAUAUUAGGUCCAUAGGAUCUUUAAAUAAUUUCUUUAGGUAUGAUGUCAAGUUGCCAAGCACAAUGGAAGAGGUAUACUGUUUUUCAAAUUGAAGAAAAAAGAAAUUCGGAGAAGUAAAAUUUCUAAUAAUUAUUCUUUUUUAGUAUUAUUUUUUAACAAGAAUCUGUAGACAGACGAUAGAGGGUGUACCGUGCUGUAACAUGGCGUUUAAUAGUGGCAGGUGGGAAUCACGGUUGUGUUCCGCGUUCCAUGUAAGGGGCUGAGUCUGUAAAACCAGAGCAAGAAAGCUCCACUCUUACUCGGUACCAUGGCUUAUUGAGUGUGAUUUUGCAGUCAGUCACAUGGUGUAUUAUUGUUCCAUAAGAGUAUACUUGAAUGAUGAAUUUAUGUGAACACAAAGCUUUCUGAAAAAUUAAUGGCUUUCAAUUUGUUGUCUCCUUGAAAUCUGAAUUUUAGAAGUAUUUAAACAGAAGAGUACCAGAAAUCAAAUGCAGUAUCUCCCGCUCCCUUUUUUAGAUACUAAAUUACCUGGACUUUUGUAUAGAUUUUUGUAUAACAAGUAUAUAUGUAUGAUAUGUGUGAUGUAUAUAAAAGUAAGCAACAUAAAAUAAAAGUAAAGCUGAAUUACA